CUAGAGGCGGCCAGCAAGGAGGCGGACGAGUGAACGUGCGACGUGGGCAGGCACUGGUCGUGCGGUGCUUGUUUUCAGGCGAAGCAAAGCGAGUAGCAUUGGAUUGAGGUGGGCUGAUUUGCCCAGGCGAUCCGGUGAGCCAUUCAUAUCUCCGUGCGUUCCAAGCUCCAUAGCCUUAAUUGGUCAAGAUGGGCGGGAACGACAACCCUCGCUGCUUUUUCGAUUUGGCCAUCGGUGGUAAAGAAGUGGGCCGAGUGAUUUUUGAACUUUAUGCGCGCGAAGCGCCGCGCACGGCAGAGAACUUUCGCUGCCUGUGCCUGGGAAACAAGGGCAUUGGUGCCACGACGAACAAGCCCCUGCACUAUGAAGGCAGCAAGUUUCAUCGCGUUAUCAAGGACUUUAUGAUCCAGGGUGGCGACUUCUCCCGAGGCGAUGGCCGCGGCGGCGAGUCAAUCUAUGGUGGCACCUUUGAGGAUGAAAAGUUUAUCCACAAGCAUACGGAACCCUUUUUGCUGUCCAUGGCUAACCGAGGCCCCAACACCAACGGCUCGCAGUUUUUUAUCACCACAGUUCCGACCCCGCACUUGGAUGGCAAGCACGUGGUGUUUGGUCGAGUUAUCCGCGGUCAGGACGUGAUCCGGCGCGUCGAGGAGGCGCGCGUGGGUGAAUCAGAUGCUCCUCUGAGUGACAUUGUGAUUGUCAAAAGUGGCGAAUUGGUUCGCAAAUCUGCAGUCAAGCCACGACGCGGUGAGUACGGCUGA